AUUGGGAAUUGGAGGCGUCUCGUCGGCUCACGGUAGCUGGCGCCUUCUCCCUCGCCCGAUCCCAGCCCUAAUCCCAACCCUAAGUCUCCGAUCCCACGAAGAAUGUCCAAGGCCUGGGGCGCUGUCGGCGCCUGGGCGCUCGACGCCGAGCGCGCGGAGGCCGAGGAGCAAGAGCAGCCGGCGGGGGAGCCGCCUCCGGCCAGUCCCCUCCUCGCUAGCGAGCCUGCGCAGGGCUUCCCGACACUCAAGGAGGCGGCCUCCUCCUCGAAGCAGAAGAAGAAGAAGAAGAAGCCCGUCCCCCUCGCCCAGUUCGUUGCCGGUGGCUCCCGUCCCUCCUUCGAGUCCAAGGGCCUCACCCCUGAUGAGAUGCUCGGCCUUCCAACCGGCCCGAGGGAACGGUCCCAGGAGGAGCUCGGGUAUGGGCGCCUUGGCGGUGGGUUCCGAUCGUAUGGUGAUGGCGGUGGCCCCCGCAGAAGUCUUCCUGGCCGUAGGGUCGAUGAGGGCGAUGGCUCGUGGGGCGGCGCCGGUGGUGGAAGGAGGAGCUACGGUGGGUUUGAUGAGGAGCCGCGGAAGGGUCCGCCGGAUAGGUAUUCAGAUUUUGACCAGCCAUCGAGAGCCGACGAAGUGGAUAAUUGGGGUGCUGGAAAGAAGCCGUUUGCUCCUCCGCUAGCUGACGCUGGGCGGCGCGAUUCAUAUGGCUUCAGUGGCAGUGGCAGCUCGUCUAGGGCUGAUGAGGUAGAUAGUUGGUCAAUUGCGAAGAAACCUCUUCCAUCCGAAAACCAAAGUUUUGGAUCAGGGUCUGGGGAUUCCCGUGCUUCAUCUGAAUCCUACGGAUGGGGAAGAAGUAGAGAAGGAUCAAUUCCACAUGAUCAAGGGAGGCCAAAGCUAGUUUUGGAUCCACCAAAGAGGAAUGUUGGCACACCGAGUGAGCCUUUGAGGAGUCGGCCUAGCCCAUUUGGCGCUGCACGUCCGAGAGAGGAGGUUUUGGCUCAGAAAGGGUUGGAUUGGAGGCAGAUGGACUCUGAUAAUGAGAUGAAGAAGACCAGCAGGCCCACCAGUUCACAUUCUAGCAGACCUUCAAGUGCACAUUCAAGCAGACCAGUCAGUCCAGGAUUGCAAUCAGCAGCUGUGGCAGCAGAAGUAGCAGUUAAACCUCGACCAAAGGUGAACCCGUUUGGUAAUGCAAAGCCCCGAGAAGUUCUGUUGCAGGAAAAGGGAAUAGAUUGGAGGAAAAUUGACCUGGAGGUGGAAUAUCGCAGUGUGGAAAGAUCUGAGACCAAUGAAGAAAAGCUGCUAAAAGAAGAGAUUAAUUAUCUUAAGGCACUGACUAGAGAAACUGAGGGCAAUCUAAAUGACAAGUUUACAAAAUUAUCUGCUGAAGAACUUUCUAAGCUUCAUGAGGAGAUAGCAAGGAAGGAAAAGGACCUGGAGCUUCUAGUGCAUCAGUUUGAUGACAAGGUUCGGUUUGGUCAAAGAACCACAGCCAACAUCAGACCAGGAUCUGGGUCUGGCAGGAGCGAUACGUCGUCAUCUACGAGGCCACCAUCUCAGUCUGGCAUGUCUGAGGGGUCUAGGAGCAUUGAUUUUGUUGACAGGCCACAAUCUGGUGGUGGGACUGGAGAUGCAUGGGGAAAUCGCAUGGAUGACAGGCGAGGAUUUCAGGGGAGAAGGGAUAAGAGCUUUUACGAAAGCAGAAAUGCAGACAGGUCAAGUUCAAGGGAGCGGUGGUGAAUGAUUUUGGUGUGAAUUCAAGGUGUUUCUUGAUAAAAAAGGAUAACAUAUGGCUUGUUCUUUGGCCCCAAUUCUCUUGUUCAAUUUUGUUUUGCACAAUGCCAGUUGGCAAUAAAACAUGAAAUCGGUGAUGAGAACUUUGUGUUGUUUA